AAAAACCAGAAAGCGAAAGAAAGACGGGACUAGAGGAGGCGGAAUUAGCCAACAACGCGCGUGCACGGCGACCCACCCCACGCCAUACACCAAUCGUCGAUGAGAACCCGGCAGCGUGAGGCGCGGCCGGCGAAGGCGAUGUCUGCGCCGGCGGAGGAGGCCUUCACGGCGCGCGAGCGCGACGCGGCCGAGCAGCUCAUCCACCUCAGCGAGAGCAGCUCGUCCUCGGGUGCGCCGAGGACCGCCGGCCGCGCCCCCGCCGUGUCCUCGCGCUCUUCCUCCUCGCCGCGCUCCGUGAAUACCUCGUCGGUUCUGGCGCCGGCCGCGCCGCCCGUUCUCCUUGGAUGCUGCGCGGGCCCGGAAGAAGAUGGGGAGCAGGAGGUGGCCGGGAGCAAGCGGAGGGUGAAGCGCUACCGGCUGAUCGCCGAGAUCUACGCUGCGACGGAGGAAAUUGGAGGGCGCGCGCGGCAGCCGGAGGAACAAGAUUGAAUAGACGAAGAUGCCGAGAGAAAGAGAAGGACUCUUUUGUAAUUGACGUAGUUGGUAGGGGGUAGCUCGUAGUUCGAGCUCGCAAUCCUCUUCUUCCUCUCGCCGGAGAGGGAGUUGCCAUGCCAUCGAUCUCGCUUGUAGAAGCUUCAUCUUUGCAAUAAGACUUCUCGUUUUGCU